AUGUCUCUAAACAGAAGCUGUCGGCGACGUAUGAUGGUUUUUCCGAAAAUGGACGGAAAUAAGACAAAAAAAAAGAAAUGCACUUUGAUACAAGGUUUCCUGGAUUGGCAUGGCAACGCAUCUGAGACUGGAGACCGGUUUUAUUCGCAUCCCAAUAGUUAUUUGGUGCAAUGUCAUCUGCAAAGAUACAGUGCGACUCAUAUGUCACAAGGCUUGGUUAAACGAACUAUUAGCGAGGGUGUGGAUUUGUACGAUGUGCUCGGGCUGGAUUCGGCGAAACUGGAUGAAAUAACGGUAGAGGAAGUAAAACGGUGUUACAAGAAACUGGUGCUACAGUAUCAUCCAGACAAAAAUGUAAGCGGGGCCGAGGAUGCCUCUUUUGUAGCAUCGCGGUUUCACAGUUUAAGAUCUGCCUUCCAGAUAUUGUGUGAUUCGUCUCUGAGGACACAGUAUGAUCAAUGGCUGAGAGCAAGUUUGGCCGACAAUAACGAAAGACGCAGUAAGAUUGAAAAAUUACACGAAAGGGAGGUAAACGAGUAUCAGGGCACCUCUGCUUUGCAACCAGCGUAUUUAUAUGAGGUACAAAUGUACGGACAGCAUUUAAGGAAACUGAAACACUUCAAUGUGCCCUACGGGGACUGGAAGUCCCUUAGCAGUGAACCCAAAAUGGCAUCUUCAUCGCGAAAGGAGCACUACAAUUCUGGAACGCUGAGAAUAGAGCUUGAGCUUCCUGUCGGGGGCCAACAGAGAAACUAUUUCCAGAUACAGAGGAACUUGGUAGCCUUUUUGGAACAACGGUUAUUUUCUUCUGCACACACUAUAACAGAUCUGUACUACUCUGAACGAAACAAUACCGAAAGCGAUACUCUCGUUGCGUAUGUUGUAUACGCGACGCCUAAGAUAGCUGGGGACGUUUAUGCCAAUUGGGGGCGCGUCGGUGCAUCUCAAUCUACACCACCUGCAAUCCUAAACGUCUCACCAAUGAUACCGACAGACAGUUUAGCAAACUCAUCGUUCACGAAGCAUCGUUCGCAACUGUCACCCGAGCUGACACAGCGCCUGAAACAGACACCGCAUGCAGACCACGGUACCGCUACGGUAGUCAUCGACUGA